CCAAACUGCAGAUCUGUAGUGCACUACAGGUACCCGGAUGGUCUACUACUCCGCUCCGAUUUCGCAGUGUGCAUGGGGACCUAUCUUCGUGGUGUACUGCAUCCCAACAUGCAUUGCGGCUUGCUUCAGAAAAAAAACAGGAUGGCGGCUGGUGCGAGCGAUGAAGCGCAGAACAGGGGGAACUCCGAGUAUAAAUGGACUGAUGAGGACACGGCCGAGUUGAUUGCGUGGCGUUCAGCCAACGAAGGGCUGUUUACCGGCAGGCGCAAUGCUGCUCAAAAGGGAUUUGAGGAAUUCAUCAGAAUGCGUGGCCUGACCGGAUCCAUAGAUCCAAUGAAAAUUAAAAGAAAAUGGGAGAAUUUAAAACAAAAGUACAAGGAGUUGAAAGCCCCCAGGACUGGGGUUAGCACAGAGGGAGGAGAAGCCACUGCAGCAUCCUGGAGGUGGUAUGGUUUAAUGGAUGAGGCACUACAGCGGAGGCCUUCUAUAAAUCCUCCACUUGUAGUGGACUCAUCCGCCCAGGAUGUUGUAGUGGCUUCCUCUCCCUCGGUGCCCCUAAGACAGUCCCCAACACCUCCAUCAAAAAGGAGAAGGGAGACAGAGUUGCUGUCUUUCCUGAAGGCGAUGCAGGACAGGGAUGAGGAGCGAGAGAGGGCUUGUCUGGAGAGAGAGGAAAGGAAAGAGAGAGAGGCACUGGAAAGGGAGGACAGAAAAGAAAGAGAGCGUCUUGAAAGAGAAGAGAGGAAGGAGAAAGAAUGGCAAGAGCGAGAGGAACGGAGAGAGAGAGAGGAGGGAGUGGGAGGAAAGAAGAGAAAGGGAGAGUGCAGCAAGGGAAAAUAAGCUGCUUGAUGUUCUUAAACUUUUAUUAGAGAAGAAAUAAAUUGAUACUUGUUUCA